GGCUUCACGCGGCCACCUUGACGUCACCGAGCAUGACGUCAGCACCCGCCCCCCCCUCAGCGGCUCCGCCCCGCCCGUGGCGUCACUUCCCGGACGCCGCCGGAGCCGCGCGCAGUUCCCGUUGGGUCCCGGCCGUCAGGAUGUCAGCCAGUGUUCCUGGAAGCUCAAAUGCGGCUGCUGGCAGUAAUCGUCGACUUCAGCAGACUCAACAUCAAGUGGAUGAGGUUGUUGACAUCAUGAGAGUAAAUGUGGACAAAGUGUUGGAACGAGAUCAGAAGCUGUCAGAGUUGGAUGACCGUGCUGAUGCACUGCAAGCAGGAGCUUCCCAGUUUGAGACCAGCGCAGCCAAGCUGAAAAGAAAGUAUUGGUGGAAGAACUGUAAGAUGUGGGCAAUUUUGAUAGCUGUUGUUGUCUUUAUCAUCAUCAUCAUUAUUGUCUGGACUGCGUUUUCAUGAGUUACAGGAAGAAAUUCCAGUCCACCGAAGGUGCCUGUCUUCAGCCUCUCUGAUUCAAACCUGCUGUGUUUUCAGCCCAUCUACUGCUGUUUAAAGCAAACCUAUUCUGAUUAUUGAAAUGCUAACUUUACCUGGUUGCCUUAAGACACUCCUAAUACAAAUACUAACAAGCACAGCCCGCCACGCGCACAGUGCCUUGGGAAACGGGGAGCACGGAGCAGGUGAGGAGGAUGCGGUGCUUCUCACAGCUUCCCCGGCCGAUGCUGGGAGCGGUUCCAGGCUCCCUGGCCGGGGCCGGCUUUUCUCCUCGAUCCUCCUCUCCUGCCUGCCCCCGCGCGGUGCCAUCUCAGAGGGGCUCGCCCCUGCCCUAUCCGAAGUGCCUCCGGCCCCCGCUCUCGCCCGGAACCGCCCCGGGGGUGGUGGUGGCGGCGGCGGCGCCGCACGUGGCCGCGGGGCUGGCGCGCGCACGGGGGCCGCGUGCGGCGGCACGUGAGGGGCGGGGCUCCGCCCCCGCCGCGCGCCGGCCCCGCCAAUAAAGUGGCUCUGGACCCGC